ACCUCGGGGUGGACUGUUUAUUAUUGGCUUAUAAUAAACAAAUAUUUUUUUUAUUUAUAUAUUUUAAAACAUCAUUUAAAGUUCUGGGUUAAAACAGAAUGUCAGGUGUGUCUAUUUGUUUUCAUGGACCACGAUUUCCACGGUUUCCCACUCUCCUCCGCGAGGAAGCGCGCUCUCCCUCUCACAUUCCUCCACUGGCUCCUCCCCCGGCAAAGGCUCCAACCCGUCCCCUCCCCGCGCGUCUGACGCGACGGUCACGUGUCGUAGAUUUCGCCAAUCACCAAGCUCCACAGCCAGGAGCGUUGAGAGCGGGGUGGGGGUGUAGGGGGAGUCCCAGAAGAGCAGCCGCUGAUCCUGCUGCCUGCUUCCAGCUCCGCACAGUGGUGAUUUAACGGGGUUGUUUUGAUUGAGUUUGACGGAUUUCUUUUUCCUCAUCGUCCCGUUUGUAUUUUUUCAUGUUGUUCACGUCGUUUUUAAGGAUAUUCGAUUCUCUUUCACAUCGCUCUAAUCGUCUGUUUCUCGGCGCUUCAGCGACGGAGAGAAAAACUUGGGAAAAGCGAGUAACUUCUCCAACAGCGCUAUGCUAAGCUAACCUGGUUAGCCAAGACUUUAAGUAAAACUAACUAUUACUAACUCUCGUGUUUAUGGACCCUAUUGUCAUACUUACUCGUUUUUAAGUCGUCGUUUUUUAAGAAGUAGUUUAUGGAGAACAUAAGAACAUGUUCCACACUUGUCGGGACUUUUCUUUCUUUUUUUUAGGAAUGGUGCAGGUGCACCUCCAGCGGCACCUGUGAAAACAUCCCGUUUUUAAGCUGAAGUAGACUCUCCCGAAAACAUACUUUAAGAAAAAAACUUUUUUUCUUAUUAUUAAUGACUAUUGUUGUGAAGUUGUGAGGAUUCCAGUUCACUUUACCCACACUAAGCUCGUCACCGAGCCCUGUACUUUGACGGCGGUGACGACGUGUUCCAGGGCUGAGGACGCUCUCACUCCCUCAGGACUUUGGACACGGUGGGACACUCGUCGUUGGGCUGCUCUGGAACCCCAUCUCUGCUACCACUGAAAAGCAAUGACGACAUGUGGAUUUCAACAAGAGACCUCGUAACUUUUUUAAAGUUUCAGUUUUGUCCCUAAAAAGCUCCACACCCUAUGGUGCCGCUACGGCCACCGAGAAAUGGAUGUCUCGCAGGCCGCUUCCCCAAACGGUGAAGGGCGGCCGGGCGGCGGCAGUUGCGGUCUCGGUACCGGGAAUGGAUGCGGGGAACAUGCGUGGACAGAUACACCUACCGUACGUUCCUGGGCUCAUUCGGCCCCUCUUUGCCCGACCCGCUCCCUGUGGACAGCUGCGUACGACUACGAGGCGAGCGGCGAGGACGAGCUCAGCCUCCGGCGUGGAGACGUGGUGGAAGUUCUCUCUAAGGACGCAGCCAUUUCCGGGGACGAGGGCUGGUGGACGGGUAAAAUCAACCACCGGGUCGGUAUUUUCCCAUCUAACUAUGUCACCUAUCAGCCCGCUAUUUACAGGCUCCCCGCGAGUCGUGGGUCUGCGGGCACACCGGAGCGAGUCCCGGGUUCUCCGGUGCAGAUACCGUUCAGUGAACUGGUCCUGGAGGAGAUCAUUGGCGUUGGGGGGUUCGGCAAAGUUUACCGGGGCACGUGGAAAGAUCAGGAGGUGGCAGUGAAGGCUGCCCGGCAGGACCCGGACGAGGACAUAACAGCCACCGCCGGCAGCGUGAAACAGGAGGCUAAACUGUUCUCCAUGCUGCAGCACCCCAACAUCAUCAAACUGGAGGGAGUGUGUCUGGAGGAGCCCAACCUGUGCCUGGUUAUGGAGUAUGCCCGAGGCGGAACGCUCAACCGUGCGUUGACCGGCAGACGAAUUCCUCCACACAUCCUGGUCAACUGGGCCGUUCAGAUCGCACGAGGGAUGCAGUACCUGCACGAGGAGGCUGUGGUACCCAUCAUCCACCGGGACCUCAAGUCCAGCAAUAUUUUAUUACUUGAAAAGAUCGAGAAUGACGACAUCGGGAGGAAGACCUUGAAGAUCACAGACUUUGGCCUGGCCAGGGAGUGGCACAAGACCACAAAGAUGUCAGCGGCAGGCACCUACUCCUGGAUGGCCCCCGAGGUCAUCAAGUCUUCCCUGUUCUCAAAAGGCAGUGACGUCUGGAGCUACGGUGUGCUGCUGUGGGAGCUCCUCACAGGGGAGGUUCCGUACCGAGGGAUCGACGGCCUGGCCGUGGCCUACGGCGUGGCAGUCAACAAGUUAACUCUCCCCAUUCCUUCCACCUGCCCAGAACCCUUUGCCAAGCUCAUGGAAGAGUGUUGGGACCAGGACCCUCACGUUCGACCCUCAUUUGCCUGCAUCCUGGAGCAGCUGUCAGCCAUCGAGGAGGCGGUGAUGGCCACCAUGCCCCAGGAGUCCUUCCACAGCAUGCAGGACGACUGGCGUGUGGAGAUCCAGGAGAUGUUUGAUGAGCUCAGGACCAAAGAGAAGGAACUACGUUCCAGAGAGGAGGAGCUGACACGAGCGGCGCUCCAGCAGAAAUCUCAGGAGGAGCUGCUGAAGCGCCGGGAGCAGCAGCUGGCCGAGCGGGAGAUCAACGUGCUGGAGCGGGAGCUGAACAUCCUCAUCUUCCAGCUCAACAAAGACAAGCCCAACGUGAAGAAGCGAAAAGGCAAAUUCAAACGCUCCCGCCUCAAACUGAAGGAUGGAAACCGCAUCAGUCUGCCCUCAGACUUUCAGCACAAGAUCACAGUGCAGGCUUCACCUUCUAUGGACAAGAGGCGGAGCCUCCACAGCACCAGCUCCUCUCCACCCAGCAGUCCCACGCUCAUCCCGCGGCUACGUGCGAUUCAACUUACUCAAGAUGAGAGCAACCGUACAUGGGGCCGCAGCGCCCUCUGCAGGCAAGAGGAGCUUGAUGACGUGAAGAAGGGAAUCAAGAAGAAGGGAAGAACCUGGGGCCCCAGUUCAAUACAGGGCAAAGAACGGCCCGCCACUGCUGAGAGGGUUCGUCCUCUGUCCGACGGCAGUAAUCCCUGGUCCACCAGUCUGGUCAAGUCCCAGAAGUCGGUUCCUCUCUCCGCCCUGUUUGCUGAACAAGCCGGUUCUGGAAAAGAUGAGGCGUUUGUCCUGGAAUGUCCUGACAACAGUUCCAAACCAAAGCAGCACAAGUUCCCUAACCAGGUGUACAUCGAUCUACCUCUGUGGAGGGACGAGCAGCCGCCGCAGAACCUCACUGGUCACUGCGGAGAACCCGGAGUCGGGGCCGCCCCGGCAGAGACCCCCGAUGACCCCUGCACCACCACUUCCACCUCCUCCACCUCCACCACUCCGCAGCACACCCCCACCAACAGCCUCAAACGCACCACGGCUCGCCGGAAGACGGACUCGGUGCUGUACGGCUGCGGGUCCAUGCUGGCGUCGGUGGUGCUCGGCUACGACAUCAGAGAGGCUCUGAAAACCACCGCGCACGGAGAAGACGGCGAGUCUCCACGAGAGGAGAAGGAGAAGAAGAAGAAGGAGGGUCUGUUCCAGCGCGCCACAAGGUUCCGGCGCAGCACCUCGCCGCCGGGCGGUCGCUCGCGCAAAGAUGAGGUUUCGUCCAACCACACCUCCACCCAGCCGGUCAAUCUCAUCUCCAUGUCCUCCAUCCUGGAAUGCAACUCCUCCAAGUGUCUCCUCCAGUCUGAGGUGGAGGCGUCAGAACCUAAACCGCCAAAAGCUGAUGUGGUGGCUGUCAAUCAUCUGGUGGCUGUCAAUCAUCUGGUGGCUGUCAAUCAUCUGACCGAGGCUCCCAGACCUGGGUCAGGGUCAGCAGAACUCCAGGUGAACCGGACUACAGCUAAAACACCGACGGCACCGACCCAGAGUCAGCAGCAGGAGCAGAGCAACCACAACUCGGUGCCACGACUGCGCAGAAAGAAGUAUAACACACACCACAACACCAACGGUCCCUCCACCCUGGCUCCUCCAACCACACAGAAGAAGCAGGAGAAGGAGGUCACACCAGAGAAGUCCUCUGUCGGGGAGACCGUCUCCAGACCUCGACCCGUGUCCUUCCGGGCCAAGCCUCACGCCUGGGCACUGCUGCGAGGACGCAACAAAAGCUACUCCCUGGGCCAUUACUCUGGAGAGAAGACGGCCCAGAACCUGAACGUGGUUCUGUCCUCGGAUGUGGGCGUGGCCUGCUCCCUGCUGGACGUGGACACCGAAGGACAGAAACGAGACUGCACCGUUCCGCUCUGCCGCAUCCAGAGCUCCCCCGCUCGGCCGUCGGUCUUUGAGCUGGAGAAGGAGUUCCUCUCCUAGGAGUCGCGAGAAUCCAGGAGAACCUCCUGCUCUCCUGGAUCGUUCCGUAGGAUCCACAGAACAUUCCAGUGUUUUUCAGCUGGAAGGUAAGAACAACCUUUAAUAAUAUAGUUCCACACUACAGAACCCAGGUCCGUUUUAGUCCUAGGACGGUGACGGUGAUCGUUCUGGAGAAAUCCCAAAAGUGUCAGACUUCAGCCUGAGUUCUGAUCACACUCACUGCCGUUUCCUUGUUCUGGAGGUGACGCCUCCUCACGGUUGAUGAAGCUGAGCAGAACUUUGUAGGUGCUUCUCCUCCUCCUUCUCCUCUUCCUCUCCUCACUCCUUGUUUUUCCGUUCUGUUGGUGCAGCUAAAGUCGAGUGCUGUUGCUCCUUCAACACGGUGCCCUCACCUUUUAUUUAUAUAUAUAUUUUUAUAGGUAAUUUAAUGUGGAAAGACUUGAUCUUACGUUAGGAACCAGAACAUCAUUCCAUGUCAGAGUUUUUACCUUCAGGCCUUUAGUGUUUUUGUUUUUUUUUUGUUUUUUUGUUUACAACCUGUACCCUAAAAAUGUUGAACAAAAAAAAAACAACCUACACUUGUUUUGUCCGUCUGUCCUUCUGCCCAGGUUCAGCCGAAAACCAAUGUUACUGUGUUUUGACGUCACUUUUACUGCAUGCACAUUUCUGAAUCACAUUUUUCAAACAGUUUUUUUUUAAAAAUAAUUCGGACUGGGCGCCCAUGAAAUUGAUAUUCAAAUAAUUA